AUGCCCAGCGCAUCUCAUGGCGCUGUGGAGAAAAUGGCCCUUGGAACAUGGGCUAGCGAUGCAAUACAACAGCCCCAGAACUAUCCUGAGCUGUCACGUCACCUGGAGCCAGAAAAGGUUCAGCGACGAAGUGGUUUCUUCGUUGUUGGUCGCAAGCUUCAUCUUUGCCCACUAUUUACGACAGGGAGGGAAAAGGAUCAUGGUAUUGAAAUAUAUCCACUAGACCUUAGAAUACAAGAUUUCAUAUGGGGGAAGGAUCCGCAUGCGCCCCCAGCAAGCGCCGAAUAUCUCAUAGGUCCGCCUCCUGUGGUCCGGAUACGCGUAUAG